GUGUUCUUGUCUUGCUGAUCUCGUGAUUUCUCGUGAUGGCUUCAGAAGUCAGGUAAAACUUUUUAACACAAUUUUUUCGACACAAACUCUACUUUCAUUAAAUUAAACUCUUUACACUUUCUUAUUUUCAACAGUUCGUGUUUUCAACUUGGUCCAGACGGCCUGUGCGUGCCAGUGAAUUUGCACGCGACGAACCGCGCACGGCUUUGUGAAAGGUUGAAAAGUAAAAGUGUUGAAAAUGGAGCUAUCGUGCUCUUGCAAAGCGGGGAAGAGAAAUGCCGUUAUGAUACGGAUACAGAGGUUGUUUUUCGUCAGGUAUUUGAGCUUUAUUUAUGUACAGAAUAUAAAAAUAAGUACUACUUUCACAAUUGUAUAUUUUUAAUAUUGUUACUGGAAUUAGGGGGGUGCAGGGGAAAUUGCCCACCCCAGAGAAAAUUUAUCUUAACAAUUUUAAAAUGUUAUGAAUCAUAAAACAGUUUUUUUGUACAACAAUAUGGUGGCCAUAUCAAAUGCUUCUGGUCUGGUUAUUUUCCACCAAAAUGCCAAGAUUCUUUUUCAGAGUGAAUUAGUUUAUGUGAUUCUAAAGCGAACAUAACCAAGUGUUAUACAUGGUACUCUAUGUAUUGCGUGGUUUUUAGCUGCAUUUAAAAUUAUGCUGACAUCAGCAUUAAAAAAUUUUGAAAAUCAAAAACCAGAACUCAUAGAAUGAAAUUUUCAAUGAAGGCUCUUAAUAAUAAUGAUCUACAAAACAUAUAAAACUGUGCCAUUUUUAUACGCUUUGUAUUUUAUAUUUAAACCUCCUGGUGGAAAAAUCCUGCGUACAAUCCUGCAAAUGAACAUAAUACGAUAUCUCUCUUGAUAGAACUAAGGCCACUAUUUGUUGCAUAUUAGUUUCUCAUCCGGGGCUUCACCUAAAGUUGAUGCAGGCAGGCGGGCCAUUACCAUUAUCCCACUAUUUGUAGCAUUGCAAAACAGCACAAAAUUAGUGAAUGCAACUGAAACCAUGUUUUCAUAUUAAAAAUAUGGCCUCUCGACAUGACCACAUGUGAAAUAAUCACAGAAUAGAGAAAUAAUUUUGUAGCCAAGUCGUCUCGCGUUUUUUUUGCUGCCCCUGGCUUCCGGUAGAACUUUUAUGUAAAUGCAAGAGAAACUGGCAGUUUUGGUAUGAAAUUUCGUAUCUUAACUGAAACUUUUGGUUUGGGAACGUUUCUAAUUGUCUUUCUUUCAAAUGUCAUUUUAAAGACAUCACAAAAUUUAGAAUAAUGGUCAAAAAUGGCAAUAAUGAUAAUAAUGGCGAACAAGACCAUUUUCUUAAAAAGCAUGUGGGCGGGGAUGAGAAACUAAUAUACAACAAAUAGUGGCCUAAAUGUUGAAUGUGUUGAGUUACUUUAAUACCAUGGCUAUAAAGUAGACCUGUUUUUGGGAAACCUAAUUAACAGGUGUAUAUUAUAGCCAUGGUUUGUGGCUAUAAUAUACACCUGUUCUUAGCAUACCUUAUAGAAUAUUAUUUGAAUAUUAUUAGAAUAAUAUUAUGCAAAUAUUCAUAUAGUGUUAAAAUAUUAUUCCAAUAUUACUGUAGUUAAUAGGGUUAAGGAUAAAGGGUUGUGAUUGAGGGCCAAGAAUUUUUGUGUGAAACAUACAAUAUAGCCAACAACUGGAUGUCAAUAUUCUAAGGUGCAUAAUCUGGCACAUUAUACCUAAUUAAUGGUUUGUUUAGGAGUCCUUCUUUCAUUGGGCAUUUGGGGUGUUAGAAGGUGAUUCCUUUGGAGCAAUUGAUGUAUACAGCGGUAAAUCAAUGUUGUUUAUGCCAAGAUUUCCUAAGGAGUAUGCUACAUGGAAAGGAACGUAAGUAUAUGAUGGCAAGCACUGUAAACACAAAAUGUUAUAGGAGCCAUAUUUCUCCCCCCUCCCCCCCGCAUUUUCAAGCUUCCAGAGUUCCAAGGGCUCCUGGUUAUUUAUCCACCUAACAUAGUUCUGUUAAUUUAACCACAAUGUCCUGGUCAAAUAUAACCACAUUCCUCUGAUCACCUUAAUUAACCAGGUAGGAAGUGAGAUCAUUGUGAGAUGGUAGGAAGUGAGAUAAUUGUGAGAUGAAAUAACCAGGAAAUGUAACCAGGAAUAUUAAUUUAAACCAAAUAGAAUCAGUGAUGGUUUAGUGCGGGUGGGGUGCAGGGGUGCACACCCAGCAAGAGAGGUGCCACUUUCACUAUAACCCUUCCAGGGGCAAUGUUUCACCCAUUCUAUCUACAGAACACUGCUGUGAGUAGUUCUAAAUUAUUAUGAACUUGGUCAAUGUAGCCUACGUCAUAGACUCAAACUCCUAGGUUGAUGAUCACAUGAUGACUCAGUCUAUUGGUUGAUGAUCACACACCCCCAGAUCUGGCUGGGUCCAUCCCUGCAUGGUUAACCAGGGCAAUUUUAACCAGGGUGUUUUUAGAGUGUAUUCAAAUUGUGAAUGGUGACAUUGUGUACAUUUUAUUUUAAGUAUUCAUCCACCAGAACAUUUCAAGAAGAAAUAUGAAGUUGAUGAAGUGUUUUAUACAGACGAGGUUUGCUUUUAUUUAUUUGUUUAGUAAUGUUUAAUAUUGUAAUUAGAGAAUUUGUCAUGAAAAAACUGCUGAUGCUAAUCAUUAUUAUGGCAUUCCAUGAUUUGUACAUGAACUGCAAGACUAGUGUUUUAUUUUAGAUUGCUGAUGUGCUUAAGAAGAAAAAUCCAUUGUUGACGCUGGUAUGAACAAGAUAAAAUUUUGUUCUUUAAAAGUUGUUCUCUAAAUUAACAUCUGAAUGCAUUUAAUUGUUCAGAAAUUUACAGACCCUAUUAUAUCUGUCAUAUCUGUCUUAUCAAUGUUGUAGUAUGGUAAAAACACAGACAGUGGAGAAUAUUGCCGUGAAGCUGCUUUUGAUGGCAUUGGCAGGUAUAAAUGUUAACAUUUUGGGUGAAAUGGUAAAUAAAUUAAAUAUUGUGGCCUCCAAAACGAUGUUAUGAUAUUAACAAGUCUUUUGUUUUUCAGUUUUAAAGUUGACAACAAAAUUCUCUUUCCUGAGAUUGUGGAAUGGUGAGCAAAGAUUCAAUCCUGCUUUAUUGUUAUUUCAUUCUGCCUUACACCAAACGAUUUUCUAUUUUCACGUGCAAUUUGAAACCAGUUUUCUUCGUAAUUGCAGUCGUGUAAUCAAAACGAAACAAGAAUUGGAAGUGCUUCGUUAUGUCAACAGAAUCAGCAGUGAGGCUCAUAAAAAGGUACUAGAUGAAGUUUACUUGGCGAGUUGGCGUUCCAUGCUGAAAUGGAAAUCUCCCAGACUGAAAAGAUUUAUUUUGCGCAGGAAAUAUUUUUUCCUUGGGAAAAAUGCGCAGAAAUGUUAGAUUUUUUCAAAGAAAAUUUAUGUCAGACCAAGGGAUCAUGCAGUAAGACAGUUUUUUUUCAUGCCGAAAUAGAAAUCAGAAAUGUUCUUGGUUCACAAUUAGUGCAGAUCAGUGGUUGACAAAAGCAUUUUGUGCAGAUUCCUCAGAAAUUAUUUGCAGUUUUCUAUAAUUUGAAAAUUUUGCGCAAAUUUCCGUAAUUGUAAGAAUGUUUGCGUUGGAAAUGAUUUUCCUUCAUAGCCGAAACUUUACAGUCCUGAAGAUGGGAAAUCUCAGACUUUGCUUGUCUAUCAUCUACCAUGAUAUCGUCAAUCAAAAGUUGAACUGGUCCUAAAACGCUCAGAUUGCUUUUUAACGGCAAUCAUGACCUUGUUCUGGAACUUCACGUUGCCGUUGGAGAUAACUUAUUUUCUUUAAUUGUUUACUCAAAAUUUUGUUAUAGAUUAUGAAAAAAAUUAAACCUAACAUGGUCGAAUUUCAGCUUGAAAGGUGAAGAAAAAUUUGGAUUACAAAUUUGACAUUUGAACUAAUAAACCGACAUGAUGUGAAUUUCGCUCUGACUGUAAAGACCUUUUUCAUUACAGUAUGUUUCUUAAUCACUGCUAUUCCCGUGGAGGUUGUCGACAUUCAUCAUAUACGUGUAUUGGUGCAAGGUAGGCCUGAAGCAGUCUUUAUUCAAGCCUCGGAAAACAUGUACUGAUGGUUACGUGCAUAAAUAUAAAAUAUGACAUCAAGCACACUUUGAAUAUGUGGAUAUACUAAGUUUAUUUAGCCUGUGCAUAGCCUGUAAUUCUCGCUAUUUCAGGCUGUGCACAGGCUAAGUAUAUUUGACUGGACUAAGUAUUAUUCCUUGUUACUUUCAGUGGUCCAAAUUCCGCCACCUUACAUUAUGGUCAUGCCGGAGCUCCAAAUAAUCGAACUUUGAGAGACGGAGAUAUGUGGUAAGUUUAUGUGCACGAGAUUACACUGUAGGAGUUUUGACAUAAUAUUUACAGAAAAAAACAAUAAACAUUUUCCUUCAGUUUAUUUGACAUGGGUGGAGAGUAUUACUGCUAUGGCUCAGACAUCACGUGUUCGUUUCCAGUCAACGGAAAGUUCACUGAGAAACAAAAGAAUAUUUAUGAGGCUGUACUUCGAGCAAGCAGGGCUGUGAUGGCAAAAGUGAAACCAGGUAUAUUAACUACUUACGAAACUAAGACACAGCAAAACUGUAGGUAUGAAAUCAGGUCAGAUGACUGAGCAAAUUCGCAACUGGAUGUUUUCACGCAAGAAUUCGUACGGUUAGCUGUGCUGGAAAAAAAUAGGCGUACCCAGUCUUGUAGGAGGUUGCAGCAAAUCAUACGCUAGCCGAAAUUCGACAAAAUGCCGGCCUGAUUGGCGACAUCUCGUCAUGUCAGGUCGAUAAUUGCCGACCUGCAAAAUUAUACUUUCCCGUGGUGAAUUCAGAAAAAAAAAUAUUCUUGUCUUCGCAUAUUUAAACUUAAAAAAUAUGUGUACUAUAAUUUUUCGCAAAAUUUCUUAACCAUAAAUGAAUUUCGACAAAUGACGACAAAUGACGACAAAUGACGACAAAUGACGAAGAGUCGGCAAUUUUUUCAUCCAUCCAAUGACUUUUAAGAAAUGUCGGCAAUAAAUAUGUGAGGCUUAGAUUUGACUUUCCACUAACACUAACCUAUCAGAUGCGUUUAAUGUACUAGAUUAACCAAUCAGAUGCGUUUAAUUUACUCGAUUAACCAAUCAGGUGCGUACAAAGUCCGUGAAAGGUAGUGGAAAUCAAAUCAGAACCUCGCUAUUUAUACUGCAGGAACAUUUUAUUGAAAACGUAAAUUUGCUGACGUGUCGCUGACCUGCUUUCGUUUCAGGUCGGUAAAACUUUGCCCACAAACAAACCUGUUGUCUGUUAUUUUUGUCAUUAGGCGUAUCCUGGCCAGAUAUGCAUCGUCUUGCAAACAGAGUACAACUUGAAGCACUGAAGGAGUGUGGGAUAUUAAAAGGCAACAUUGAUGACAUGGAGAAAGUUCACUUGGGCGCAGUCUUCUUUCCUCACGGCCUUGGUCAUUUCAUGGGUCUCGAUGUACACGAUGUUGGAGGCUACCCUGAGGUGGGUGUAGAAUUGCUAGGGGGGGGGGGGGUUAGGGUGGUACCCACCCACACCAAAUAAUUUCAGAAAAGUACUAACAUUUCCAGCGAGGAGACCGGUGAAAAAUACACAACCCGUCAUCAUGGACAGGUAGUAUUUUGAACUAUCCUGAAUUAUCCAAAUACUCGUACGUUACCCACGAUGAACGUGGUCCACAUGCAUCAUUUCGCUUUCUUUCCUUCUAAGCUCUGUUGGUAGAACUGCCUUUAUUUGCACUAGGGUGUGGAAAGAAUUGAUGAACCAGGUAUUCGAUCAUUACGUACAGGCAGAAUACUGGAAGAAAACAUGGUCUUGACAAUUGAACCUGGAAUAUACUUCAUCGACUAUGUGAGUGCUUGUCUUUUUUCUGGGCUAUUCAGUGAAUCAAACGUCUGCGUUCUAUGUAAAUGAAUAUAAUCCUUAAAUUUUUAUUGGACAGGUUUUAGAUGAGGCAUUAAACAAUCCGGAACAAGCUGCAUUUAUCAAUGAGGAUGUUUUGCAAGAGUACAGAGGCUCUGGAGGGGUAAGAUUUUAUUUCUAGCUACAGUUGUUCGUCUGGACAAUUUGUAAAAUUUUAUUGAAGCAAUCCAGCGAUAAUAGGUUAAGUUACAAGCAAUCCCAUGAGACUUUAACACAAAGGUCAAAUGAUGCGUUUCUCAUGAGAUUUUUUGGUUGAAAUGCCCUGCAUGUGCACUGAAACAUGAUAAAAACCACCUAUUGAACGAUUCGUCUACCUAUCUACUCAAGGUUCGUAUUGAGGACGACAUCAUCGUGACCGCUGACGGAAUGGAACUGAUGACUCGCGUACCACGAACUGUGCAAGAAAUUGAAGAACACAUGUCAGGAGGCGGCGUGUGUUCGUAAGGAUGGCCUGGGAACGAGGUUUAAUGCUUUGAAAUAAUUGAAUGAAAUCGAAGGUAAGACAAUUGUAUUAAGGAACAAUAUCAAAAAUAUUUUUUAUAGUGACACUAAAUUUUCUUAUACAUUGCUAAAUUCAGACCAUAUAGAGAAGUUAUAGUGCAGACUUGAUAGAUCAAAUCAUCAACAUAUGAACGUGACAAGCAAAUUAGCUUUAAUUGGUAAUUAUAUCAGGACAAAUUCAUGGACAACACGAAUUUGCAAAAGCAUAAAUCUAAUUUUGAAAUAAUGUACUUGGUAUAAAAAAUAAAUGCUUUGCAGCAUAUAUCGAUUAUAUCCACAUGCUCGCACACGCCAUUAAAAACAAAUCUAUUAGAUAAUACACUUGUAACAAAAUAUCAACAUUUUACUUUUUUUGCAAAUUAUUUCACAUUAUUUUUCUCUUUUCAUUAUUGUAUUGGAAAUUGUCUUAAUUUUCCUCUUGCUUCCACUUAUGACACUCGGAACUUCAAAUUACGCCAAACUUCGUUCUUAAAGGUUAGUGUCAGGCUCGUGCUUUGUGGGUUGGUGUGGCACAAAUCCAGCCUAGUUCCUCGCCUUUUCCGUUUCGCUCCGCCUUACUAUUUUAGGGUGGUAUUUUGACAAGGUUUGCAGAUUGAAGGAGUCUCCUGUGGAACGGCCGAUCCAGUCACACGAUAAGGCCUGGGACUAGGCUGCCACAAAUCCUUUAAAUUGUUAUCAACGAGCAGCUCGGAAUACUAUAAUGCACAUAUUCAAUGCCUUACACCGUUGAUACAAUUUGUUUAGCGAUGUCUUCUAUACCAGCUCGACAUAUAGGACACUGUUCCAACUUUGUUGCACAACUGUAACAUAUAGUUCUAGAGAAUUACAAAAAAGUACGUAAGUGUUCAGUGUUUCUUGUUACACUAUAAGAAUGUAAAAGUGAUAAAGUGUGUUCAUGAUAUAUAUCAUCUACAGAAAUGAACAAAAACCUCCUUCACAUGUCUUCACACAUUGUGUGUUCGAAUGUCUUCACAUGUCUUCAAACAUUGUCUGUUCAUGAUAUGUAUAUCAUCUUGAGCUUAAGUGUUCAGUGUUUCUUGUUGUUUUCAUAGACAUGAGACACACCAGAGGACUUUAAACUCUGGGGCCGGUUGUAUAAAAACGUAAUUAACUCUAACUGUAGUUAGCGUUAAUCACUGUAGUUAAAUCCUUAACUGUAAUUAGUUAACUACACGACUUAACUGCGUUGCACAAAACGUAGUUAGUCGGAUAGUUAACUAAUCACCAGGCAUUACAUAAAGUAAUUGGCGAAUAACGACCGCUGACAAACAUUUUCAACAUGAUUGUGGACUCGUAUUUUGCAAAUAGGCGGGAAUUUUAUUCAAAACACUAGAAAAACAAUGAAAAAUAUACAAGAAAACAAGGAAAAACCACCCCAAAAAUCAUAAAAGAAUGCAGUUUU